GACUAUUUAUGGCCUUUUCUCGCCACUCAGCCCUACUGUCUCUUCCUUUCCUGUUCUGUAUCAUCAAUCAAUCAAUGGGGGAAGGAACCCUCAAAUCCCUAACAAUUGCCCAUUUGCUCCGACAAUCUCGUCCUCUCACUGGCACAUCUUCACUCAUUUCCACUCCCCCUAAAAUCCCAUCACCCCAAUUUUCACCCACCCCCACUCCCACACUUUCUUCUCCCAAAAUCCUCAAAUCCCUUAACCAACCAACUCUUAUUACUGGUACCCUUUCUCUACCUCAUGGAGAUAACAACUGCAAUUGUUUUCAAUUCUCUGAUGGCUCUGCCACUCUUUGUUGUGACGUUCUUGAUUUUAACCCCUCUAUGAUCAACAAAAAAAUUCAAAUUUUGGGUUGGAAUUUCAUACCCUUGAAAUGCAAUAAUGGUGGGUUUUUAGAAAUUAUUAGGUCGGGUUUUCUUGAUUCUUGUUCUUCAAUCUCGGAUACUUUUUCUAUACUUUCUGGAUGUUGUAUUGAUCAAUAUGAUGCCAGUAUAAAAUUAAAAGCUCGGUAUUUUGUGUGUGGUGUAGUAGAAUCUAUUAGCACUGUUUCUGUUGUUCCAUGUAAAGCUGGGACCAAAGCUGAUACCGAAAAUCUUCGGGGUUUCCUCGUAAAUAUUUUAAGUUGUGGGUGUAAUUUGUGUAAUUCUAAAGAUUUUACAAGAUUGAAUGAUGAAAUGGGUAGUCAUUGUUGUUAUAAUAAACCUGAGAUUGUUUACUUUUGUGGGUCUGCUUCUUCUUGGCAUCCCGUGUUUUCAAGACUGAUUAGGAGAGUUGUUUCGUUAUCGGGAUUGAAGAAGAGACUUGUAUUUGUGGGGAAAAAAGUUUCUCACUUGAUGUAUGUAGUUGUGGAUAACUCUUUGAUGCAUAUUCCUAAGUUGCCCUUGCAAUGUAUGGAAACUGAUGCGAGAAGGCAAGGAGAAGUUGUUAGUUAUACGGGAACUGUGACAGGAAUUUACAUGAGGGGUAUGAUUGUUGAGUUGGAUAAUGAACUGUUGCUAUUGUUAACAGAUCAACAGCUUUCUGUUCCACAUAGUGUCAGAGUUGGAGCAAUGGUGUCGGUGAAAAACGUUCAUGUUGUAAAUCCAAGUUAUUCAUGGACAAAGACACUUAUACUAGGCUCUUGUGUUAAAACUAGCAUUUCUGUGGAAUGUUUCUCCUCACUGGAAGCAGGGUGUUAUACAGUGACCUGCUGUGAAAGCCUUCUUGCCAAGUUCAUUGACUCCUUGGUGUUUGUUGCCAGGCUAUGGGUAUUACUUGUCAUAGUCUGUUUCAGGAGAAAGUUCUCUGGGAUCUUAUCUGAGAAAGAGAUCUUGGGAUCAACAAAUAGGGAAGGAUUGGCUCAGAUAUAUGCAACUUCAUAUUUACCCCCUUCAGUCUUCCAAAUUCGGCAUGGAAUGUUCAUGGAAUUUGUCAAGCAUGAUACAUGUGCUUGUGGCGGGGAAAGAAGUUCUGCUCCUUUGAAGUUGGUGGCACCUAUCGCUAAUUUAAUUAAUUCGUGUGAGGCCAUGUGGAAGAAAAUGAUUUGCCAUCAGGACACAGAUUUUGAUAUCAUGGGUACCCAAAAGGAGCAUAACUCCGUAUCUUGUGGUGGGAGACCUGUUGUGCUGUCUAUAAAGAAAGUCAUUCACAGUGAAGACUUAGGUGUUUCUUUGCUUGGAAUCUUAAAGGUCUCACCAUCCUCUGGAAGGAUGUUACUUGUUGAUGCAACUGGAAGCAUUGAUGUUAUCACACCAGAUCUUCCAUCAAGUUGGAAAAUCAAUAACAUAUACGAGGUCAGAAAUUUUUUGGCAAUUAUGGAAGACAUACCCAUGAAGCUGGAUCAUGUUGAUUUACUCCAAAAUGAACCUUUUGCGUGCAGAAGUAUUUUUGAGAAUGCCCCAUUUGUGAGAGAGAUGAACAUGCCACUCCAUCUUUACUACAAUAUGAGGGACCUAACACCUGUAAAUCCUCAUUUUACUACCUGCGUAAAUUCACAAGUUGACUUUCGGAAGGUUGGACAAGGAAAGUAUCAUCUACUUCAGUUGAUGCACAAAUUCCCUAUUCUGCAAAAGUUUCAAGGAAGUCAACAUGCUUCAAGAACAUCAAGCGCAUUUGCUGAGGCCUUAAUUCUGCCUUGGGAUUUACUUGUUGCUGACAAAACCAGAGAUAUCCAUAUUGAUAAGCCUUUCAUAGACCAAUUGAAGGAACCAAUGAAUUUUUUUAACAGAACGGAAAAUGGAAAGCUUAUUGCAUGUAAAAGGCAUAAACCUGACCAACUGUCUAAUCAGGCUUUGACGUGUGCACUCAAUGAUACUGGAAAUGAACCGAGUUGCAGCUCCAGUCACCCUGCUUACACGUGCUCUUUUGUGGUGGACAAGCAUCAUAACUCAUGCGUCCCAGAGGAAGUUCCGUGUCUUGUGACGGGAAAUUGUGUUGAUUAUCCGUCCCUUGGUAUGUUGCACCACACAGGCACCAAAGCAAAUGUGGGGUCUUGUUCCAAACCACAAGUGAGAAGGGCAUUGCUAGAAUUCAAAUCAGAAGCUUUUUCUGUUUAUGAGGUGUUAAAAAUUUUUGGUCAUUACCUUAUAAAACAUCAGAAAGAAGACAUGUUAUGUACUGAUGCAAUAGGUGAUAAAAUAGUUGUGAAUUCCGGAACAAACAUUUGGAGCGCUUCUUUUUCAUCUGUCAAUGUUCUCCAAAAGUUAGAUGUUUCUCAACAGUCUGGCUCUUUUUUAAGUCACAAUAGUGUUCUUCCAGAAGGCUAUCAUCGGUUUCAAGUUCCAAAUUUUGUGCCCAGUGAUAGAAGCAAUAAUAUCUCUUCAGAUGUCAACUUAUAUAUGCCAUCUGAUGUCACAAACUUAUUUGAUGCUAACUUGGAGGAAUUUUGUGUCGAGCCUCUAGUUCCAUUUGGAGAAAUGACCAACAUCUAUCCCUCUGAUCAUAAUUUGCCCGAGGGAAACCUAACAUCUAUUCGUGGGCAGAUCAAGGCUGUUCAUUGUUUAGAUGGAAAAUCAUAUGCAGCACAUUUAAGGUGCGAGAGUAUCAAUGGAGUUUGUCCGUCAUUAUUCUUAGAAGGAACUACCUGUAUGUGUGUCCACGUUCUAAUGGACAAAAAGAUGGUCAAGAUUUUUGGCGCUGCAAAUAAACUUGCUUACCCUGCUGGAUUUGGACGAGGUGUCACUGCAUCAUUUCACAGAGUUCUUACCCUCAGUGCGCAGGAGAACUUUAUGUUGAUACCUGCAUCCUUCAUCGUUAUCAACCCAUCAAGUCUGAUAAAUGAUGAUAGGGAUGAUGAUGCACACACUUACAAAUCUGCUGCUUUGGAUUUGGAUGGUGGUUCUCCAUUCUGUGCUAUAACUGCAUCUCUAAUUUCUGAUACAGUAAGCUGUUUAGAGACUCAACCAGUGGAAUUCCAUUGCAGGGUUGUGGCUAUUUAUGUCCUGGUCCUGGAGUACAACACAAAAGACAAAUACCGUCAGUCAAGAACCGAGUCUAGACCUAAUUCAUUUGGGGUUGACAUUCCACUUGCUGGUUUUAUCCUUGAUGAUGGGUCAUCAUCAUGCUGUUGCUGGACUAGUUGGGAGAGCGCAGCAGUUUUUCUGGGGUUACAUGAUAAAGAAGUUUCAGGUAAAACUCGCAAGAGGUCAAGGAAAAAGCAAGCAUGUAACAGUUUAGCUAUUUCCCGUUUAAGGAGAAUUAUGAAGCGGCAUGGCAGGGUCACAGUGAGAAACCAGGCGUCCACCUUUGAGUCAUCAUGGCAAGACCUUGUGUUUUCUGCCAAGCCUGAGAAGAUUAUAAGUAGUUCAGAUCGAGAUUUCUUUCAGUCCCUGAUCCUCAAAGCUUGCUGCAGCACCCUUUUGACUGUUGUUGGGAGUCUGAUGAGUUCAGACGCUAUCAGGCAGCUGGAGACACAUUUGACUACGCUGGAUAUGCUGAUGCUUCCCAUGCAAAAUGUAUGGAUUUCGGAGGUUCGUCACAUGGACAGUCUCGCUCGGGCUAAAAAGAUCCUUCAAGGACUUGUUGAAAGCUGAAUUAGUGAAACUCCAAAGAGAGUGCCCGCAGACCUUUCAGUGAUGUAAAUUGUAAUGUACAUUUGUACAUGGAUUCUCUUCUUAACUAUAUCUUCAUGCCAUUUCGCAACAGUUAUGUACAAACUCAGCUUCAACCAUAUUGAUCUUUUGCUUCCAAAAGUGAAGAUUUUGUCAA